UAGUACGUCAGUGCCAUUUCUAUAGCAGCCUUUGCUGUCACUGUUACCAGUGCCUCAGUGAUUCGGUGGCACCAUGAUCACAUUCACCCGGUCGCUGCUCACCGCAACACUGCUGCUACUCCUGGUUGCUACCAUCGGAUGUCAGUGCAGAGGAGAUUCGUAUCUUCGGGCCGCUGAGAAACUAUCGGUGCCUAUUAAUGAGUUCUAUUGCUCCAAUUUGACAAGAGGGCAGACAUGGGUGGAUUGGAAGACAAGAGUGGUCGAAUUGCCGAAGCAACAUAUUGAUAACCCAGACUCAAACAUUGUCAUUGACUAUUUCGUGCAUUGGCCCUGGUACCUAAAAGGAGUACAUCUGAUGGUCUGCAACUCCAUCGGUCACCGACCCAACAUCAGCUGGCCUGAGCAAGGCUACUCUCCUGUCACAUCCAGCUGUUCCACGGAGGACUUACCAAGGUGCCCUAUGGGCUUGGAGAUCUUCAUGGUGCAGUACCAGAGCUGGUGGCCUUGGCCUUAA